GUCAUUUGUCACCUCAUCAGCCGGCGCACGCACGCUUCUUGUUGUUCUCGCACCAGUCCUCAUGGGCAUUCUCGACACGCUCACCUCUACCCCCGCACUCGUCGCCGGCGCCCUCGGCCUCUCCGCGUACCUGUACACCAAGACCCGCGCAGCCCCGCCAGUCUCUGCCGCCAACGCCGCCGCCGCAGCAGCUGCCCCUCCCCAAAAGCCAAAGUCUUCCGAGCCUGAACCAGCCGGCGCCAAAGUCGCAGCAUCUGCAUCCAUCAUGUCGUCUCCUGCCGCCGACCUCGCCCCGCCCAAGGACGACCCCAUCUCCGUCGCCGAGCUCGCCAAAUUCGACGGCUCGGACCCCUCCAAGCCCAUCUACGUCGCGAUCAAGGGCCGCGUGUACGACGUGUCGGCCAAGACGGAGAUGUACGGCAAGGGCUCGGGGUACAAUGUGUUUGCCGGCAAGGAUGCGUCGCGGGGAUUGGGCAUGUCGUCGCUCGACGCAAAGGACGCCGUGGCCGACUACUCGACCCUCACCGAGGCGCAGCGCAAGACGCUCGACCAGUGGGACUCGUUCUUUGCCAAGCGCUACAACGUCGUCGGCAAAGUCGUGCCGUAGUGCCUAUUGCCGUGCCAAGACUCUCGACAACAACUAAUAGUUUCUAGGUGUGAUGCAGGUGUGAGCAGCAACGACCGCAUGGUGCUGGCGCACAGAGCAGAGAGAAGCAGUGCCUGCAGCUUAUCGCGUCGUCCGCGAGAGCGUAAAUGCGCGCGGAAAAGCGCGCAGUGAGGAGCCGUUCGGCGCUUCGGCGCCUUUGCGUCGAGCUCGUG